CGCGCUGGACUGACCUUGGACCUCUCAGGGGCUUUAUGGGAUAUUCAUGGGAUUCGUCCUGAGCCUCUCCCAGCCAAGACCAAGUGCAGGAUGGGACUAUGCGGAAGCAAAACCAAGCCCUUCCAAAGGGAGAAGUACAAUUCCAUCUAUCGGCGGAAACCUCCCCCCCCCCCCCCGAAUGGCAAGCAGCAAAAACUCUGCGCUUCUGCUGACCGGCUUUUGAGCGAUGGAAAGCAUUAUGUCAUCGCACAGUUUGAUUUCACCUCUGCAAACGAACGGGACCUGCCACUCACCGUAGGCGAGAAGUUUGAAGUCCUUUGCAGCGAUGGCGACUGGUGGUUAGCAAAAUCGCUCACCACCGGGAAUAAAGGCUACAUACCUAGCAAUUUCGUGGCUCUUGCCAACAGCCUGGAAGAAGAAAAAUGGUUUUGCAAAGGUCACAACAGGAAAGAAGCUGAACGUCUCCUGCUGGGGCCUGGCAACGCGGUGGGCUCCUUCCUAAUCAGGGAGAGUGAAACGACUCCGAAUUGCUUUGCUCUUUCCGUUAGAGACAAUUCACCCCAAGGGGAUGUUGUCAAACAUUACAAGAUCCAUGGGAUGGAUUCUGGGGGAUACUACAUCUGCCCUACAGCCAAAUUCCCCACACUGCAGGAACUUGUCAAGUAUUAUUCCGAUCGUGAAGACGGGCUGUGCCAGCGGCUGAGGAAUCCGUGCUUAUCCGCCGCUCCGCAGAGACCUUGGGGGGCGGAUGAAUGGGAGAUCCCUCGGGAGAGCCUGAAGCUCAUCAAGAAGCUGGGGGCGGGCCAGUUCGGAGAGGUCUGGAUGGGGUAUUACCUGAACAACGUGAAGGUGGCCAUCAAGACCCUGAAGGAAGGCAGUAUGCCAAGGGACGCCUUUUUGGCCGAGGCCAAUUUAAUGAAGAGGCUGCAGCACAGCAAGCUGGUCCGCCUGUACGCCGUGGUCACACAGCACCCGAUCUACAUCGUAACGGAAUACAUGGCCAAAGGAUGCCUGCUGGAUUUCUUGAAAACAGACGAGGGGCUUAGGCUGUGCUUCCCCAAACUUGUGGACAUGGGCGCCCAGAUUGCUGAAGGAAUGGCAUACAUUGAGAAAAUGAACUCCAUCCACAGGGAUCUCAGAGCAGCAAACGUUUUGGUGUCGGACAGUCUGUGCUGCAAGAUUGCGGACUUCGGCCUGGCGAGAAUUGUAGAGAAUGAAUAUCUUGCCCGAGAAGGUGCCAAAUUUCCAAUCAAAUGGACAGCUCCAGAGGCGAUUAACUACGGGAUUUUCACCAUCAAAUCUGAUGUCUGGUCUUUCGGGAUUCUUCUCAUGGAAAUUGUCACUUACGGACAGUGUCCCUAUCAAGCAAUGACUAAUCCGGAAGUGAUCCAAAACCUAGAACGGGGGUACCGGAUGCCCUGCCCGGAAUCGUGCCCCCUCGAACUCUAUGCGAUCAUGCAGAAAUGCUGGAAGAACAAUCCGGAAGAAAGGCCCACCUUUGACUACCUCCAGGCCACCCUUGAAGACUUUUUCACUGCCACGGAGCUGCAGUAUCAGCCCGAACCCACAGUUCCCCACCCCACGACCAACAGAUAGAGCUGCUGGAGAGUUCUUGAAAUUUCACCGAGGGAUUUACCGAGAUGUUUGACAUCUCCCUCCCUUCAACGUU